AUGUUGCUGAUAGACUUGAGCAGAACGGAAAAGAACCAAAAUUUCUGCCGCAAUGAAUACAACGUCACCGGUCUCUGCAACCGACAGUCAUGCCCGCUUGCCAAUUCGCGGUACGCCACGGUGCGGCAGCACCCGACCAAGCAGACGCUGUACCUGUACAUGAAGACAGUCGAGCGCGCGCACCUGCCGUCCAAGAUGUGGGAGAAGGUCAAGCUGUCCAACAACUACACCAAGGCGCUGGAGCAGAUUGACGAGCGGCUCAUCUACUGGCCCAAGUUCCUGGUGCACAAGUGCAAGCAGCGCCUCACGCGGCUGACGCAGGUGCAGAUCCGCAUGAGGAGGAUCGCCGCCGAGGAGGAGCGCCUGGGGGAGAAGCUGGUGCCCAAGCUGGCGCCCAAGAUCAAGCACCGCGAGGAGGCGAGGGAGCGCAAGGCCGAGGCCGCGGCCAAGCUGGAGCGCACGAUUGAGCGGGAGCUGGUUGAGCGUCUGCGACAGGGUGCGUAUGGUGAUCAGCCGCUCAAUGUCAGCGAGGAUAUCUGGAAGAAGGUGCUCAACGCCAUGGAGAGGGACGGCCAGGGCGAGCGGGACGAGGACCUGGAUGAGGGCGUCGACUCGGAGGCGGACAGCGAGGCAGAGGAUGGCGACAAGGAGGUCCAGUAUGUGUCGGAUGUCGACGAGAGCGAGGCCGAGCUGGACGAGCUGGAGGACUGGCUGCAGAGCGAGGACGACGACGACGAGGAUGAGGAAGACGAUGAUAGCGAGGCCGAGGAGGACAAGGUCGGGGCUAAGCGCAAGCGCGGCCGCGUCGUCAAGAUGAACAACAAGAAAGCCAAGCAGGAGAAGGAGAAGCUGACCCUCACCAACGACCUGGCGUGGUGA